CUCGUCCUGUAUUUGAUUGGAUUUUAGCUGAAUAUUCCGAGAUUAUUACCAAUAGGAAUGUCUGUUAUUUACUAAAUAAUAACGAAUUUUUUUCUACUUGUCGACAAGUUAGAAGUAUUUGGACUCUGAUUAAAGAAAUUAUUUAUGUUCUCGAAGCUAAUAAUGCUGAUUUAGCUGAUUGUUUUAAUUAUUUAAUUAAACUUGCAGUUAGAAUUAAUCAAAUUCCAACAACAAAUCCCUUUAAAGUUGCAGCUAUUAAUAUAUUUAAUCGACGAUUUAAAGAAUUUCAACACCCGAUUUACCUUUUAUCAUAUUAUAUUCAUCCUAAUUAUCAUGGUUUCAGGCUUAAGAAUGGUGGAUUUAGAGAGGCAGCACUUAUUGCUACUUCUUUGUGGAAAAGCCUAAAGCAUACAGAACAAGAAAGUAGAGAGUUAAUUACUCAGCUUCAACUUUUUGAUGCAAAAUUACCACCAUUCGAUUUACCUUAUACUGAAAUGGACACACCAAUUUUAUUGUAG